CAUGGACCAUGAUGGCGAGGAGAAGCCACCGAAGCUGCCGUCAAGUCUGCUCAACCUGGACGCAGGUGCCCGAAAGGUCACGGACGCGGAUGAAGAGGUCUUCAUCCUCUACACUCUCUAUCCGGCCCCAGCAGGACGUACAGGGCUAGGUCAAGUCGACUCACACCACGAUGCGCUUUCCAUCCGCUUUGAUCUCGAGGAUGAGGAGAUGCCAGAGGUAGAGUCCGUGGUUGCAGACCAAGAAGCCUCGUACCUCAAGUCAAGCUCGAGCAGAGGUGGCAGCAAAGCAAUCUCGAAGCGCAGCAAGGGUAAGGGCAAGACAAGCAGCAACCCAUCCCUUACGUCGUCCUCGCGUGUUGAGGUCGUCGUGUACCAAGACUCAACCUCCCUGCGCAGUACGGGCGGGGAUACGGGGAGCGUAGUAUGGCGGUCGAGCGUGCGUCUGGCCGCCUGCCUCAUGAGACAGCUACAUAAACCUCCUUUCGGGGAGCGUCGCCCCCUCCUCCAUGCUGAUGCCUUGCCGGGCGCCAAUAUCCUCGAGCUUGGAUCGGGGACGGGAGUGCUGCCCGCAGUCAUGCUUCCCUUACUCUCAAGGGUGGUUCGAGGGGUGAAUUGGGUCGCUACAGAUCAGGAAGCGAUGCUGCCGUUACUGAGAAAGAAUAUGGCGCAGCUCGCAGCAGGAGACGAGGGGGCAAGCGUGGCUGAGCUCGACUGGGUGCACUGCGCUGAGAUGCUGCGUAGUGGCAGUAGCUAUGGUGGUGGUAUAGAGGCGAUGAAGCAGAGAGUGAUGGACACAUUCCCGGCGUCUUCCUCGGGCAGCGCACCAUCAUCGGUAGACCUCAUCGUGGCGGUAGACUGCGUCUUCAACCCUUCCCUCUUUUCGCCGCUCAUUGACACGCUCAACAUCUUUAGUGAGCCAGACAAGACGCUUGUCCUGGUCGUCAUCGAGCUGCGCUCUUCUGAGGCCACCAUGGCCUUCAUCGAGACGUGGCUGCAGGAUGGGGGAGGUGAUUGGGAGAUCUGGGCUGUACCAAAUGAGCAGCUGAGCUGUGGGCUAGACAAGGGGUAUGUGGCCUGGAUUGGGUGGAAGAAUGCAGGCUUUCAUCACUCAGAACAAUAG